CUGGAGGAGGUGGCCUGACUUCAGACGCACAGUCAGCACUGAGGGACAAAGUCCACUUAUGUGGAAGUGGGAGCAGUAACAGAGGGGCCAUUUUGAAUCUGUGGUCAAAGAAAAUGACUGGUCUGAAGCGGCUUGGCAGCCUGAGCAGUCAGGUACUGCGGCCCUACUGGCACUGCCUGAGGGUGAGUUCGCUUGAAGUAGGUCCGAGGACUGUGGUGAUUCUCAUGGAGGACCCUGAGAUUUCUGCAAUCUGAUCAGUGUCAAAUGCCACUGGAUUCGCUCUGAGACUCUCGCCCUAGAGGAUGGCCAAAGGGCUCCUGAUGACCUAUGCCCUUUGGGCUUUUGGGGGCCCUGUUGGACUACACCACCUGUAUCUGGGAAGGGACAGCCAUGCCCUGCUCUGGAUGCUCACCCUGGGAGGUGGUGGGUUGGGCUGGCUCUGGGAAUUCUGGAAGCUUCCAAGCUUUGUGGCUCAAGCCAACGGAGUCCAGAGCUGGACACAGAGGCCAGAAGAGGAGAGACCCCCUCUGAGUCUCCUUCGCUUUGCUUCCCAGAUGGUAGUAGGUGUCUAUUUUGGUCUCGUGGCUCUGAUCAGCCUUUCUUCCACAGCCAACUUCUAUAUAGUGGGCCUCCCACUGGCUGUUGGCUUAGGGGUCUUGCUGGUAGCUGCUGUUGGUAACCAGACCUCAGACUUUAAGAACACCUUAGGAGCAGCCUUCCUCACUUCCCCUGUGUUCUAUGGCCGCCCCAUAGCCAUCCUGCCCAUCAGUUUGGCUGCCAGCAUUACAGCCCAGAAGCAUCGCCGAUACAAAGUUUCAGCAGUAUCAGAGACACUUAGUGUCCGCCUCUACCGUGUGGGCUUAGCUUACCUGGCCUUCACAGGCCCACUGGCCUACAGUACCCUGUACAAUACAGCUGCCACCAUUAACUACGCGGCAGAAACCCUUGGUUCUUUCUUGAGUUGGUUCAACUUUUUCCCACUUCUCGGUCGUCUCGUGGAGUCUGUCUUGCUUCUGCCUUGCCGGAUCUGGUGGCUACUGGUUGGGGCUCCUGGCUUCAAUAGCAGCCAGUUCCAGGAAUGGGAAAAGCUCUAUGAAUUUGUUGACAGUUUUCAGGAUGAGAAACGUCAGCUGGCUCACAAGGUUCUGGGCAUUGCAGAAGGAGCCACCAAUGAAGAAAUACAUCGGAGUUACCGAGAGCUGGUGAAGGUCUGGCACCCAGACCACAAUCGGCACCAGACAGAGGAGGCCCAGAGGCACUUCCUGGAGAUCCAGGCUGCCUAUGAAGUCUUGAGUCAGCCCAAGAAGCCCAAAGCAUCCUGGAGGUGAAAGCAACCCCUCAAGGAUGGGCUCAGUCUUGUCAGCACAGUCUUCAAAACCCAGGACCUAACAGUCUUAAAGAAGCUGCUCGAAUUAGAGGCGAGGGGAACUUUAAAGGAGUGAGGAAGCAUGUGGUAGAAAAUAUAUUUAUGUGUUAAAUUUCUAAAUUCU